AUGGCGUCACAAAAGUGCUUUAAAAAGAAAUUAACUGACGGAACGCCUUCCGUUAUAAUUUCCUACCCCUACUACACUAACGAUAAAAGCGAGAUUGUGUUUGGCUAUGACUAUCCACCUGCAUACCUGGUAAAGCAAAAGCAAUCUUUCACUGUGUUUCCGGUGGUCGGUUCCUCUUUCAGCCAAAUGUGGGUAACAGUGUUCCUAUGUGUCAUCUGGAGUUUGAUAUCAGGAGUUUUUAUGUGGCUAAUGGUGAGUAAAUACCUCGGUUUCGUAUAUUUAAUGUGUUUUUUAUUUAGUGUGCGGCAUGCAGGAAAUGCGAUGUUCGGGCUAACUAUCCUCCGAGACUGAGGCCCGUUUCAAACGUCGUGCUACUGCCAUGCCGAACUAAAUUGAUCGAAUUAAAUUCGACUUUAGCACGGCAGUAGCGCGACGUUUGAAACCAAGUCCUGCCACUGCCGUGUAGCGCGGCAAGGCUUGCCGUGCUACACGGCAGUAGCUCGACUUGAUUUCAAACGUCGUGCUACUGCCGUGCCGAACUCAAUUCAUAAAUUAUAAUACAUUAGAAUAUAUUUAAAAGUUUUCUAAACCUUUUCUUUAUUUUUGUGUUUUGUUUUCGGUAACAGCCGUUCUAUUCAAUUCAAUUAAAUUCGACGUCUGACACCAAGUCGUGCUAGUGUCGUGCUGCAGUUGAGCUACAGUCGAGCCAGCUUAGCACAGCAGUAGCACGACGUUUGAAACAGGCCUGACUGGCUGGGCUGAAAGCGAGAUAAUACCUAAUUAAGGUGUUUUGAUACAGUUUCUGGGAGACGAUACUGACGUUUUUUGAAUCGCCUUUAAAAGGAUUUAUCCUUGACCGAUCGCCACAAAAGUUUCACCAGAGAUUGACUAUGAAUUGAAGCUUGUCAAAAUGCAGUUUUUAGUAAAAUCGAUAACACUAUGACAACAAUAAACAAAAAACUUUAAAAUCGAUUAAAUCCGAAUUUCGCGCGAUCUAGACCUGCUACUGAAGAUCCGACACCAGGAACUUAAAGUGCGGUGUUUAGCGAAUAACCUCGGUGAGAAUUAAAAAAUUCUGUAUUUCUGAAUUCAAAUAACACGGAAUCCAAUUUCCUGAUGGAUUCCGUCAAAAAAGGAAAAAAUCUUUCAAACCUUAUAUUUCAAUAGCCAUGAUAAAAUGUUUAAUAAGAAAGUUCUCAAUAACUCAAAUUAAUCUUAAGUAGCGUCAGAAGGCAUAUUUUAAUGCAUGGAAAUUUUGGUUUGUUUCCUUUCUUGGGAUCUUGAAAACUAACCUGUUUUCUCUCCACCUGUCUAAGUGCAACUUUAUUCUAAAUUUUGACUUUUAGUGCUUUUCUGUAUAUCUCUAAAACAGCUCGACAGAAUUCUUCUUACACCUUAUCACAUAAUCUUCAUGAUGUAUAUAUUAAUGUCUGAAACAAUUCAUUGAGAUUGAUUCACUGCAACACCUUGAAAUUUCAAGAUGAAUUUAGCCUACGAGCCGACCAAAAAUCCGAGUUGCAACAUUCACUGUUUUGACGUUAUACUAAUUUUUCCAAAUUUUAAUGCAAAACAUGCAUACCUCCAAGGCUAGUAGUAAAUAAUGUCUAAAAUCUGUAUUUUGAGUAGCCUUUAUAGCAGGAACAUGUUCCAGCUGAUGCCGGUGUUUUCUUAACGAUUCCAAACGGUUUUUCCGCUUUUCAUUCUGUUUGCUUGGGCCUCCUUUCUUCAACAAUAUAAAAAUAUCAGUUUACCCUACUAAAACUUUUUUCUUUAGUCUAGGUUUUGCGUGAGGGAAAAAAAUUGUUAUUAUUGACUGUAUUUAAUUUAUAAUCAGGAUCAUGGUUUGAACCAGCGCCAGUUUCCCUCGUCUUUUUGGGAAGGAGUUCGUGAGGGAGCCUGGUGGGCACUGGUGACAAUGACGACUGUUGGGUAAAUAGAAGGAGUACUGUCAAGUGAUGUGAGUAGGAAACUCUAAUUUGGUUCCAGCAGUUUAAACAUAAAAUUGCCCCAGUCGCGUUUAGUAAUUCAUGCGAGGACGGAUCAGGAUGUUCUGUCACCAAGAAAAGUCCUAAGUUCUCCAAGCAAAAAUGGUUCUUCAUUGUUAUGUUAAUCUUUAGAACUCAGUAACAGCUGAUCGUUAAGGAAAUUUAGUGCUAAUAUAAAGCCCGUGUGGAAUUUGUCAGGUCCUUUUACAUGCUGAUUUAGUUGCGACAAGUAGCCUUCAAGGGAAUAUUUUCGUUUCUACAUUUACACUCGUUAUAAAGUAAGUUUGCUAGCAAGGCCUGUCUAUGAAGACCUUGUGACGGUUUAUGGAGACCUUCAUCUUCUUUUCGCACAGUUGCGAGAUGGAUUCAGUAUUUUACUGAGAGAGCGUUGUAGAUGAACCAGAUGCUGAGAGGCCACGGACCUCUGUGAUCGACAGUUCCGUGGAGAAAGCCGAAGAAUUAAUAGCAGAAGACCCAACUAUAACGCUCAGUUUCUUAGCCUUGGAACUUGGUGUAAGCUGCGGGAGUCGGCACAUGCUAUCGUCGACGAGCACCUUGGUUGGUCCAAGAGGUGCGCAAGAUGGAUCCCCACCAGUUAACGACAGAACAGAAGGAACAAAGGGCGACAAUCUGCCGCAAUUGCUUACAACUAUUUGAACCAGAUGGCCCUAAGAGGUUUUCUGAUGCUGUUACGGGUGACGAAUGUUGGAUUUCCUUCUUCACUAUGAAAGAUAAACAUUCUAACAUGGUGUGGGUGGCCGAAGAUGAACCACGCCCGGAGGUCCUAAAAACAGGUUUCCGUUCAAGAAAGAGAAUGUUCACCAAUUUCUUCAAUACUCAGGGGCCUGUUGUUGUCGACAUGAUGCCCGACAAAGCUACAACCAGUGCCGCAUAUUACACAACUACUUCAGUUUUACCAAAAGUUCUUCUACAUAUUCAGUCCACGGCACAGACUCGACGUCGGUCUCGAAUCCAGUUGCAUCACGACAGCGCUAUGAAUAAUUAGUAUUAAUAGCGCUAUAUAAAUGAAUUAUAUUAUUAUUAUUAUUAUUGUUACUAUUAUUAUUAUUAUUAUUAACACAGUUCCCCACAAAGCUCGCAUUACACAGACGUAUCUUGAUGACAAUGGUAUCCAUUUGAUGGAACAUCGACCAUACUCACCCGACUUGGCUUCGUGCGAUUUCUGGCCCUUUCCAAAAGUCAAAUCAGCCCUUGCAGGGAAGCAUUUUUCAAAGAUCCAAGACCUUGCUCAAGCUGUGCAUGCAGAGAUGAGGGCCAUACCUGCUUCAGAGUACCAAAAAUGCUUUCAGAAGUGGGGGAUGAGGAUUCAGCGAUUUAUAGAAGUCGAGGGAAGCUAAUUUGAGCGAAUGUGACUGUAAUUCUUGAAAUUGCAGGUGAACCAUGGGGGAUAUAAAUUAAGUGACAGAACUUCUUGAUCCGCCCUCGUAAACGCAUUUACACCAACGAAUUACAUUACACUUUAAGCCAAACUAAAGGAUAACCAUUUCAGCGGGAUACUUAACAUUCUGCGACAUUGAAGACAUGAUCUCAGUGGAUUCCUAAAAGCAAUUACCCUUAGUGAGGAUAACACAAAAAGGAACAAGAUAUAGAGAAGACUUUGUGUUGAGUCAUGCAUUACAAGGGUGUGAGACCACGCGACUUAUGUAAUAUUGAAGGUCUAAGUAUCACUGGAGCGCUAUUUCCGCAUAUCGAAAUUCACCAGGUGAUCUGGAGGUCUCCAAAAGGGAGGAAAAUAAAAAAGGCCAUAUUCUAGUAAAGGGCGUGAAUAAUGAGGGUAUGAGGGGGUUAAAACUGGAUAAAAUUUAAAAUUGGCAGGAAUGGAGAGAAGACGCCAGAGAAAGGGGAGAGGUUUGAAGUACGUAAGCUGCAGAUUAGAAAGAUCACUAGGAGUUCAAAGUUGACUGUGAAGAACUGAUUCCAAGUGUAAGGGUAUAUAUGUGACCGAAGGCACAUUCCCGAAGCAUACAGAGGAUAUGCAAAAAGGAUUUUUGGGAAGACGAGGAGACAGAGCAAACGACCAUGGAUCGUUGAUGAAACGUCAGAAAUAGUCAAGAAAAGGAAAGAGAAAAGGAAAGUACCGAGCUUGCAUUAUGGUAUUCCAAAUUCUAGGAUUUACGUGAGAAUACUAACAAAGAAACUGAGAGAUGAAGCAGCCAUUGCACAGACUACAGAGGGCACUAGGUGCUUUUCAAGGGCGGGUGAGAAUGACAGCAUAGUAGCUCUAAGUAGGAGUUGUUAGGGUUGAAGAGCAAGAAGAAGUGCGAAAGGAAGACCGUUGACGACUUUGAAGAGGACUGUUCUGUGGAGAGCGGCAGGAAUAAAGCAGGUCGGAUAAGCCAGAGUAUGGCCAAGAGUAUAGAAGAAGAUUGUCGACACAAAAAGGACGACUUGUACAGAAAGCAGGGCGGCCUUGUUAACUGAAUGAAACGAAAAGGCAUGACCGGAUGACGACGAUUAUGACUUGAACAUGGAUUCCUGUCAAGAACUGCACAUUCCCUCAAUCUGUGUUGCAGGUAACUGUUGUAAAAAACUAAUGGCAAACGUUCAGGUGACAUUAUCCCAUAAUAUGCGUCAAAGAAUAAUAUAAAAGAAAAUAAACUGCAUUUCGUCGAAAAACUUCAAUUUUUACACUUUUCUUGCCUGUAUAGCAAACAAUGCUUACGAGCUCAAGACCGGUACCUGGGUAUCGUUAUUGUAAUUAUUCGUUGACUUGCUACGUACACAGGCAGUAUCGAAUUUUGUUUCCCUUUGUCUCCAGAUAUGGAGAUAAGACUCCCAAGUCUAUACCGGCUCGUAUUUACUCCGCCUUCUGGAUGAUUUUUGGCAUGGUAAUUCUAUCAAUGUUUACUGCUGAAGUUACAUCUGGAAUGACGUCUAAAGAAUUGGUGCCUCUUCAUGCAUUUCUGGGGAAAAAG